UCUCGGUGGCGCCUCCGACACGAAGCCCUUCUUUUUCCUCCUCCUUCUCCUUCUUCUCCCUUCUCCUGUGCUUCCAGCAGUUCCCUCUUUCGCAGAAGGCAAAAGUACCAUGAAGCCCUCCCCGACAAAGCUCAUCCUCCUUCAAUCCCAUCUCCAUAAGCUGCAGAAGCAAGGAUAUUUUCGUCUGUGGCUCCUCGGCUUCAUCUCCUUCCUCACCCUUGUCACCUUCGCCACCCUCCUUUGCCGCGACUCCGCGCACCACGGCCACCUCGACCUCUCCCUUUCCCUCCGCCACCACCGACAGAACCCGUCCUCCGGUCGCGCCGCCGCCAUCCCCGCCGACGCCGUCGCGGCGCUCCUCCACUACCUGGGCACUAAUGUCACCGGCGGCAUGUCGCCGCCUGACGCGCGCAUCCUGGCCGGCGUAAUGUCCCGGAAGUGCCCCUGCAAUCUCCUGGUUUUCGGCCUCAACCACGAAAGCCUACUGUGGAAGACGCUGAACCUCGGGGGCAGAACCGUCUUUCUGGACGAGAGCGAGUUCUGGGUGAAGCGCAUGGAGGAGCGGCACCCGGGGAUCGAGGCGUACGACGUGCAGUACACGACGAAGGUGGGGGAGAUGAAGGCUCUCCGCCGGGGUGCGGUGGCCGCGGCUGCUGGAGACUGCCGGCCGGUGCAGAACCUCCUCUUCUCCGACUGCCCGCUCGCCAUCAACGACCUCCCGAACGAGCUGUACGGCGUCGACUGGGACGUCGUCGUCGUGGACGGCCCCCGGGGUUACUCCGCGGCCGCCCCGGGCAGGAUGUCGGCCAUCUUCACCGCCGGCGUGCUCGCCCGGAGCAAGCGCACCAAAGCCGCCACCGACGUUUUCGUCCACGACUACGCCAGGGAGGUGGAGACGGUGUACAGCCAGGAGUUCCUCUGCGCCGAGAACAUGGUGCCGGAUUCCUCCACCGAAUCGCUCGGCCACUUCCGGAUCCCGACGAUGCAGCGCGACUCAACUCGGUUCUGCCUUGGUGCCAACGUUACCAAAGGCUCAGGUUAGACAAGAGUCCCUUUUUCCCCCCUUUCUUUUCCCGCUUUUUCGUUGUCCUCUGUUGUAGAGAAAGAAAAAGAGACAGAGAUGAUGAUGUUGUUGUUGUGAUGAUGGACGGUCAUGGAUGGAUGGACUUGUACACAUGUAUGUAUGUGAUGUAUAGAGGUAGUGCAUUCCUGCAUAAACAUGCAAGGAAAGAGCAAGGCAAAUUCUUACCUUUUUUUCUCUUCUCCUAUUAAAUUAAGCAUAAGCUAAACACAUUCAGAGACA